AUGAUAGCAGCUUCGGAGCCCGCGUCGCAGCGGAAGCUGCCCAACAUCGAGCUUCCACAUUUCUCCGGUCGCAUUGAGGAUUGGCCAGCGUUCAGGGACCUGUUCCUGUCGAUGCUGGAUCGCCAUCCUUCGCUGGCAGAUGUGGAGAAAUUGCACUACCUGAAAACAAGAGUGCAAGGUGAAGCCGAAGAUCGAAUUCGCAAUUUGCCGACAACGGAAGGCAAUUUCCGACGAGCAUGGGCAAUCCUCGAGGAUCGGUUCGAAAACAGGCGAGUCCUUGUGCGCUCGUGCCUCUCGUCGUUCUCCGCAACGCCUAAAAUGAAGAAUGAGUCCGUCGCCGACUUGAAGAAGCUGGUCAACUGCAUACUGCAGACGGCUGGCACGUUGGAAAGCAUCGGUCGCAAGGCAGCAUACGACAACGACCACUUCGUCCACACAGUGAUCGAGAUGCUAGAUCCUCGAUCCAGACGCGAGUGGGAGGACACAAUCUGCGAUUCACGAGAUCCGCCUUCGUAUGAUGAGCUGAGAGCGUUCCUCGAGAGCCGCCUGCGAGCUUUAGAAGCGUUGCAUCCUGCGAAGCAGGAGCCCGCAUCCGUUUCUGCCUCCAGGUCGGCGAGCGCGUCUUCAAGGUCGGCGCGCGCCAACCUGGCGCAGAAGCAGCAGAAAGGAGGUCGGUGCCCACUAUGUCAAAAGGAUCACUUCAUCCUCCUGUGCAUUGAGUUCCGCAAGAGGCUGCCGGCGCAGAGGAAGGAGUGCGUGGAGAAAACAGCCUCUGCCUGA